UGUUCCUCGUUGGUGCCAGCUUUGCGCCGGUGAGGUGUGCGACUCUUGCCGCCGACGCCUGUCGCUCCACGCCCACCCCGCUAGGUGCUGCUCUCCGCGACCAUGUCCAAGUCCCUGAAAAAGUUGGUGGAGGAGAGUCGCGAGAAGAACCAGCCGGAAGUGGACAUGAGUGACCGCGGCAUCUCCAACAUGCUGGAUGUCAACGGCUUGUUUUCUUUAUCCCAUAUCACACAACUGGUCCUCAGCCACAACAAGCUAACAACUGUGCCACCGAACAUCGCAGAACUGAAGAAUUUGGAAGUGCUCAACUUCUUUAAUAACCAGAUUGAGGAGCUCCCCACGCAGAUCAGCAGCCUUCAAAAACUAAAGCACCUGAACCUUGGCAUGAACAGGCUGAACACGCUGCCCCGAGGGUUCGGGUCUCUACCAGCUCUUGAGGUUCUGGACUUGACCUACAACAACUUAAAUGAAAAUUCUCUGCCUGGGAACUUCUUCUACCUUACCACCCUGCGCGCACUCUAUCUAAGUGACAACGAUUUUGAAAUCCUGCCGCCAGAUAUUGGGAAGCUCACAAAGUUGCAGAUACUCAGCCUGAGGGAUAAUGACCUGAUCGGGCUGCCUAAGGAAAUAGGGGAGCUCACGCAGCUUAAGGAACUCCACAUUCAGGGGAACCGUCUGACUGUUCUGCCCCCCGAACUAGGAAACUUGGAUUUAACUGGUCAGAAACAAGUAUUCAAAGCAGAGAACAAUCCCUGGGUUACCCCGAUUGCUGAUCAGUUCCAGCUUGGUGUGUCCCAUGUUUUUGAAUACAUCCGUUCUGAGACAUACAAGUACCUCUAUGGCAGACACAUGCAGGCAAACCCAGAACCUCCGAAGAAGAAUAAUGACAAAUCCAAAAAGAUCAGCCGGAAACCCCUGACAGCCAAGAACAGAUAAGAAGUUGCCAUCAGUUGGACUUCCCUCCUCUCACCAGCCCUAUCCUCUCUCAUGCAGCCGUGUGACCUUUGUUUUUUCCUUUUCACUUCUGUCUCUCUAGUACUUUCCACCUUGCCUUUUGAUCCCUUUGGUAGGUGGUAGAUUGUUGUAAGGCCUUAAUACCUUUUCCAUUUGUUUCUUUAAAAUUGCCAAAGGCAGGGAACAAAGCUCUUAUUCAACUGCAAAUUCCAUAGUAGGCACAGAUUUCAGCUUCUUGAAUAGACAUCAGGAGGGUGCUUAUUGUCAAAAGAAUAAUUAAAAUCAUGUAACCAUUUAAAUGUCACAGUUAACACUUUUCACUCUUAUUCACGCAACUCCUUAUUUUGCUUUAUUAAAAGACUUCCUGCACCACCGAAAUAUUAUGUUAAUUUAACUUACAAAGGAUUGUAAUAAAAUCUGGAAUUCGUAUCCCACAUUGCAUCUUGACUGCAAUCCGGAACAGUCCGAUCUUGGGGUGCACACAUUCUUGUUUACUUUUCUCCCCCAAUUUCUGUAGCCAGUUUUAUCGGUUAUAAAUGAUAAACUCCCAGAGAAACUUUUCUUGAAAGAAAUGCAAAAUUAAAUCAGAGUUCGUUUCUUCUCA